GGUCCAUUUAAUCUCUAAGAGUUGAGAAUUUCCAAAUUGAAUUCAUUUUGAGAGCUUUUAGUGAGAGUUGCCAAAAUGGCCAAAUUUUGGCCUCAUUUGGUUUAUUAUGCCUUGGCAUUAUGUUUGGUAGCUACUAAAAUUGUUGCUAGUAGCUACUCUCCACCACCACCUUAUAUCUAUACCUCCCCACCACCACCGUCCUCGCCGCCACCUCCACACUCGCCUCCACCACCACCAUCUCCUCCCCCACCAUCGCCUCCACCUCCACAUUCACCUCCACCACCGUCUCCACCGCCACCAUCACCUCCUCCACCUCACAAAUCUCCGCCACCACCCUCACCUCCACCACCUCAUAAGUCUCCACCACCACCAUCACCUCCUCCUCCCUAUGUUUACAGCUCACCACCACCGCCUCAUAAGUAUCCAUCACCAUCACCAUCACCAUCACCAUCACCAUCACCGACACCGACACCAGCUCCUGCUCCCUAUGUUCAAAGCUCACCACCACCACCCUCACCUCCUCCACCUCAUAAGUCUCCACCUCCUCCCUAUGUUCACAGCUCACCACCACCGCCUCCUUCAUCACCACCACCACCAUCACCUCCUCCACCUCACAAGUCUCCACCUCCACCAUCACAUCCUCCUCCCUACAUUUAUAGCUCACCACCACCACCACCACCAUAUUAUUACUAAACAAGAUCACUAUUUAUAUAGACUAUGAGGAUGUCAUCCAAAGUUAUAAGAUAGGAAAAAUAACAUGAGCUGCGGAAUUACAAAUAAUCGAAAUUUUCUAUAGGCCUUGAAUGCAGAUCCCUUUUCUUAAACAAUAAGGCUAGCUCCAUGUUGAUGAAUGUUGAUGCUUUAAAGCGCUGGAGAACAUUUCAUAAUUUUCUGUUGGAAACAUUUUGAAUACAUGGAAAAAUGUCUUUGAAAUUGUAAUUUUUAUUACUUUAAUAAUAUAUAAUCCGUAUGAAAAAUA